AACCCAUUGGUUGUGUUCAACAAAACUCACAACUUCAUCUUCUUCAUUUGAUUCACUUCAAUGGGUCCACCUGCUUACAAGUGCAGAAACUGCCAAACUCCUAUUGCUUAUCGUGAUGAACUUCUUUCCAAAAACUAUAUGGCAAAAACAGGGCAAGCAUUUAUGUUCUCUCAUGCAAGGAACAUUGUGUUUGGGCAAAAGCAAGAGACAAAUCUGAUAACUGGUGUGUACACCAUUGCUGGCAUCUUCUGCAGCAAGUGUGGUGAGGAAUUAGGUUGGAAGUACCUUCAAGCUUCUGAGGCAAGACAGAAGUUCAAGGAAGGCAAAUUUAUAAUUGAAUGUUCUAAGAUUUCCAAAGAGUACUAGCUUCUAUGUUCAUGCCUCCUUCAACCAUUAACUUCUUUCCAUAAAUUCUUAAAUAAACACUUAUGAUAUGUUUAAGACUGUUUUUUGUAUCUCAUAAUUAAAGAAGGAUUAAGAAUAUUUUUAAUUUCU